CGUUGCCCGCUCAUUCACAGCAGCUCCACACAGUCAGUCACGCCAGCUGCCUCCUCCUCACAGCCACACUCGAACAGCCCGAGAAGGCCUCCCUCCCUCACAUACCAGCCCGCCUCACCCCACGCUGGGCCGGUUGCUCCGGUCAGUGUCGACACAGCGUGAGAGAGGUGUCUGGCCCAUUUCCUAAAGAGGCACCUUGGGCACCCUCGAGGAAGACAAUGAAGUUUGAUGAUGUCCUGAACCAGAUCGGGGGCUUUGGCAGGUUCCAGAAAACCCUCUACAUCUGGAUUUGCCUGCCUCAGAUUCUGCUGGCGUUCCACAUGUUUGUGUCCAUCUUCACGAGCGCCGUGCCCCCUCAUCUGUGCCUCUCCGCGUGGCCCCCGCCUGCUGCCCAGGAGCCCGGCCUCAGCUACAACUUCAGCCAGCUGGAGCUGGCCUGCUCGCCCGGGGGACCCGCUCACGCCCGGCCCAGCAACAGCAGCGGCUGCCAGGGCGGCUGGGAGUACGGCAAGGAGAUCUUCCACAGCACGGUGGUCACCGAGUGGGAUCUGGUUUGUGAAAAUGCUAGCUUGAACAACAUUGGAUCCUCUAUAUACAUGUCUGGGCUGCUGGUUGGUGCCGUGCUUUUUGGCGCUUUGGCAGAUAAAUACGGCCGACGCACCAUCAUUCUGGUUGGACUGGCCCUGCAAGCCGUAUUUGGAGUCGGUGCUGCGUUUGCUCCCACUUUCUACAUUUAUAUUGUGCUUCGCUUUGUGGUCGGGACAACCAUUUCCGCCGUCAUCAUGAAUGCAUUUGUAUUAGGCACUGAGUGGACGGGACUGAAGCACCGCAUGCUGGCUGGCAUCAUCACAGACUACUUUUUUGGGUUUGGGUACAUUCUGCUGGCAGGGGUGGCCUAUCUGAUACGAGACUGGCGGCACCUGCAGCUGGCCAUAUCUGCGCCUGGCUUCCUCUUCAUCUUUUACAUCUGGGUUCUGCCUAAGUCAGCUCGCUGGUUGAUGGCCAACCAGAAAAAUGAGGAAGCUUUGGACCUGAUCCGCAAAGCAGCUCUUGUUAAUGGGAAUCCGCUUACGAAUGACAUUGAACUUCAACAGGAACACAAAAGUGGCAAGCCAGUUGUGGAGCAGAGAAAGCACACCGUUAUUGAUCUUGUCCGCACUCCGAAAAUGAGAAGGCAGUCUCUCAUUGUGUUCUACCUGUGGUUUGUGAACGUGCUAGUUUAUUACGGCCUGUCUUUGAACAUCUCCGACUUUGGCAUAAACAUCUACCUCACGCAGUUCAUCUUUGGCCUGGUGGAGAUGCCAGCGCGGACCAUCACGCUCUUCACCCUCAACCGCUCCCGGCGGAUAUCUCAGCUGGCCUUCCUGACCGUUGGAGGCCUGGCCUGUCUGAUGACCAUCUUCAUCCCUGACGAUCUGUCCAUCAUAAGGACAGCCUUAGCCAUGGUUGGCAAAUUUGGAAUUACUGCCUCCCUGUCCAUCAUCUAUGUCUACUCAGCAGAGGUGUUCCCUACUGUUGUGAGGCAGAGUGGGAUAGGAAUGGGAUCCAUGUGCGCGCGGGCAGGGGGGGUCAUUGCCCCCAUCAUCUACCUCCUGAAGAGGCACAGCCAGAACGCGCCGAUGGUGGUGUUUGGCCUCUGCCCACUGGUGGGCGCUGCCCUCACCAUGCUGUUGCCAGAGACAGCCAACAAGGCCCUGCCCGACACCAUCAAGGAGGUUGAGGGCACCAUCGAGAGUGAAGAAAAGUUUGAGCCAUGAGAAAUGUGGAUACCAUCAACUGACUGGAAGUUCCAUGUGAAGGAACACUUCAUGGAAUGUGCCCUGGUGGAACCACUGGGAAAUGUUCAGACUAAAAAUCAUUGUUAUGUUAUGAUUUCAUGCAUGACGGAGAGGACCAUCCUGAGGAAGAUCCAUCAUCUGUUAUUUUCUGCACAGGGAUUUUCUGUUGUGGGAUUGGUCCACCAAAAUCCCCAAUUAACAUUUCUCAGUAGAGUUGUGUGUCUCUGCACACAGUAGAAAACAAGUUUCUCAUUUGAUAUAUUCUCCACCAGCCAUCCAGUGAAAAUGAUCUGGUAAGGACAUUGCUGGAGACAGAUCAUUUUGAUACUAUCUUUUGGAUAUUAAAACGUGUAACUUUUUAGACAUUCUUAUUCAAAUGAUUUUGGAAUGUUCAUAUGCCAGAUGUCCCAAGUCUCCGGAAGUUCCGGGAGUCUGCUGCAUAUUGAUGGCAGCUCCCUGACAUGCAAUCCUGGAAUUGAUUUGCAAGUGUGAUAGACAGAGAGAACAAGUGAGAGGUAGGGCAUCCUAAUUGCUCUCUCUGUGUGCUAGUUUUACAGACCCACUUUUCUCUGUGGGCGGGCAUUACAGUCGACCUCUCUCUUUCAUUAUCAAUAUCAAUCAUUUUUUAAAGCGUCUUGCAGUGCAAUGGCAGUCUUCCAGAAAAAGUGAAAGUAAGACAUGCAUUUCACCCCAAACUGUACCCCUGCCUACAGAACAUAGGCUACAACAGUUUUAACUUGCUCGCUGAGCUGUUUACAACAGUUAGCUUUCCUUUCCACUGCCCUCUGUGGGUUAAAUGACUAAUAAGACAUGCUGAGGUGAGUUUAACAGGUGCCAUUCCUUCUUUAUACUAUCCAAACUAGCUGGCUAGUUGCUCUGGAGCUAGGCUACUGUAUUGAUGAGGCCAACCCCCCAUAGACUUGCGUAAUAGAAAAGAGAAUGAGUUGAAUAGGCUGUAAUGUAAUAUUGCCUAAUCAGC